UUUGGUCUCCUCAUCCCCCAGGUGAACAGGCGCAACUUCUCCAAGGUCGACCAUGAGGAGGCAGUGGUGGAGGCCAUCAGGCGAGACCCCAUCGUUGUCCAGGUUCUCCGGCGAACCCCCACCAGAUCCACGGCCGCUGUUGCACAUAACUACAGCGGCGCGCCACAGGACGUGUCUGUGGUGGAUGUUUGCACGCAAACUGACAUUACCUUCGAGCACAUCAUGGCACUGGCGAAGCUUCGGCCUGCUACUCCGCCCGUCCCCGACAUCUGUCCCUUUCUUUUGUCCGACAGUUGUCAUUCCAUCCACACCAUGGAGCAUGAGUUUUAUGAAUGUCCAGAGUACCUGUCCAAUAUCCCAGCAGAGGUGGAGAGGACUGAAGAAUAUGAGUAUGAGGAGGUGGAGCUGUGCAGACAGAACAGCCAGGAGAAGCUUGGCUUGACGCUGUGCUACAGGACCGACGAUGAGGAGGACACCAGCAUCUAUGUCAGCCAGGUGGAGCCGAACAGCAUAGCAGCAAGAGAUGGACGCAUCAAGGAAGGAGAUCGAAUUCUACAGAUAAAUGGCUGUGAAGUGCAAGACAGAGAGAAAGCUGUUGCCUUGUUGUCAAGUGAAGAAGCAAGGAGCAUCAUACUACUGGUGACAAGACCAGAAAUCCAGCUGGAGGAGGAGGUAUGGCUGGAUGAUGAGCAACAGGAGCUCGUGGAGGAGCUGAAGAUGGAGAUCCUGGAGGAGAGGAGGAAGCAGAAGGAACAUAAAUUUGACAGGGGAGAUGAGCAUCUAGGUGAAGAAGACAUAACAACAGACACAGCCACCUGUUCCUCCAACAAUCAAGACAAAGACAGUGGGUUUGGACGCAGUACAGACAGUCCAGAGCACCAACCACUGCUGGCUAGACUCCACAGGAGGACCCCAGCCCACUGUCUGAGGGAGCGAUGGCGGGCAGAGCAUCCACACACAAGACGGGGGACUGUAGUGCCACAGAACACCCAGAGUCCAAGGACAUUGUCCAAAGGCCAAGGCCAUGAAGGGGUAGUCAGUAUUCGCAAUGGGGGAGGCGGGAUCCUAGGUUUAGAGAAUCGCUUUGAGCAACUCCUUGAGCUCAAGUGUCAAAUCCGGAAUGGAGGCGAGUGUGGGGUGUACUCAAUUCGACACAGUAUAGAGUGUAGUCUCACUGAGCAUGGAGUGGAUGAAGAUGGCGUAGAUGGUGUUGGAGGAGAAAAUGGAGUGGAGCAGGAGUUGAGGAUGCUAAAUGAGGAACUGCGCAGCAUUGAGCUUGAGUGCCAGAGCAUCAUGCAGGCGCAUCAGCUCCGCCAGGCCCACCAGCUGGACCCCUCGCAACCCACGUCCUGCUCGCCAGGACGGAGCCCCAAAGACGAACACAAGCGACAUGGCAGGUUGGCCGACAUCCACGAGUACCCGGAGCGGUCAGACAUCGACAGGAUCCGAGAGAAGGACAGCUCCAGUGCCUACAACACGGCGGAGAGUGCAAGGUCGACACCACUAGGUAUGGAAAGAUCUCCUGAUCAUUCUCUGCAGAGACACAUCAGCAUCACCAACCAGAAAAACCUCAGACUGGCUUCCUCCACACCAUCCAGCCCCAUCCCUAUCCCCAAGCCCCAGGGUACACCUAGUCAUAGCAGACCAGCAGACCCAGGCUCUGUUAUCUCCAGCAGCCCAGACCAGAGCAACCCUUCCCGGUCCGAAUCAGACCCGGCCCUGCCUGCAGACGAUGAGAGGUGUAAGAAGAAAGGGAGGACCAGAGAUUCUAGGAGGGGGCUUCCCUAUGGUUCUUAUCAGACAACCCCCUAUCAAGGCCAGGGAGGAUCCAGGCAACUGCAGAGCUACAUGCAGCUGCUACAACAGCACUCAUCCCUGGAGUAUUCCCAGAGCCAGCUGAGUCUGCUCAGUGUCUGUCGAGAUCCUGUGCACCGGAGCGUACGCCCUGGGGAACCCCGUCUUGAGUGGAAGGUCAAGGUUAGGGCUGACGGCACACGCUACGUUGCCCGGAGGCCUGCUCGUGACCGCAUCCUGAGGGAGCGGGCACUAAGGAUCAGAGAGGAGAGGAGCGGAGGCAUGACCACAGAUGACGACGCUAUGAGUGAGAUGAAGAUGGGCCGCUACUGGAGCAAAGAGGAGAGGAAGCAGCACUUGGCGCGAGCCAGGGAGCAAAGGAAGAGGAGGGAAUUCAUGCAAAAGAGCCGCCUCGAGUGUCUAAAGGAGGGGCCAGCCAGUGGAGCUGAGGGCAGGAAAGAGAUCAAUAUCUUGGAGCUCAGUCACAAAAAGAUGAUGAAGAAACGAAACAAAAAGAUCCUGGAUAACUGGAUGACCAUCCAGGAGCUGAUGAGCCAUGGGGCUAGAGUCCCGGAGGGCUCCAAAGUACAUAAUGCCUUCCUAUCUGUCACAACUGUUUAGCGGACCCAUACAAUACUGAACACUUUAAGAUCCGGUAGCCUGCAUUUCAGGAACUACUGCUAUAUGUAAAAAAAAUUAUAAUAAUAAUCUGUUUGUAAAAUUCUAAUAAAAAUGCCACUGCUGAGGACUUCUGUAGUAUUGCUAAGACAACUUUGUAACUUUCACUUUACGAAUGUUUGAAUAGUUCUUUAACUCUUUCAUUACAAGACUUCAGCCGUUCAAAACCUUUCACUGUUUUUAGACUGGCUUUUUGGCAAUGCACUGGCUUCUGAUAGCAGAUGGUAGCAUAUUGGUUCAAACUGAUUUACAGAAAAAAAGUGAAGGACCAACACAAUAACUUCAAGUACACUAUGUAUUGUCUCUCCAUCCUCCAUAUUCUUGGGUUUCAUUGCAUAUGAAGCGACUUCACUUGCCUCGUUAAAGGUGGCAUUUUUUAUAAUUGGGAAAAUACAAUAUUUUUCACACUUUGUAAACUCAGUAACAUUUUGUAACGAUUUUUUUAAACUGAAUGUCAAUGUACUGUAAACAUUUUUAUUGUAAUUUCUUAUUUAUGUUUCUAUCACCAAACCAUCAAGGUCAGAGUUGAAACUAUUUGAUUGUACUGUAGCCCGCAUUUUAUGCCAGACCUGAGAAAUGACAAACUUUGAGAAAACUUUCAUCGGAAGAUUUGAAAGCACUAAAAAUAUAAUUAUGCUAUCACAAAAGCUCAUAUUAUUCAUGAGCUGGGAGGGCUUUUUGAAACACUUUUACCUCACUUGACAGUCAAAGCUCUGAUCUAUCGAGUGGUUGAAUACCUGGUUAAUUCAAUUGUUGACUUAAUUAAGCCAUGAGUCAAUCCCAAACCCUUACUAUAAACCAUGAAUGUGUGAAUUAUGUUUUAAAUGUUAAAUAGAUUCAUAUUUAUAUUGUUUAUUGUUAUUUCUAUUUAUUGUAAAUUAAUUUGUAUGGUCUGUCUGAUAAAUGUUUCACAUUAAGUGGCUACCCUUGAAAGACAAGUCAAUAAUAUGUAUAAUAUUGCAGCCUUUCAACUCAAACCUGCUGCUUUUCACUGUAAAGUUCA